AUGGAAUUCAAGGUCGACGGGGCUUGUCGGAGAAACGGUAAACGUGGCUCAACCGCCGUUGCAGCUGCCUGUCUAUUCAAACCAGGCGGCCGAUCCUACAUCCCCAGAGUAAAACACCUCAGGGGCAAUAAGCCGGCUCCCACGAACCAAAGGGCAGAGAUCUUGGCCAUCAUUAUCGCCCUCGAGUGGGCGUUAGAAAGAUACUCGGAACUUUCGGGGAGGCCCUGUCUCGACGUUACGAUUCAGUCGGAUUCCGAAUAUGCUGUCAACAGUAUGACGAAUUAUAUCAAGAAAUGGAUCGGGAACGGCUGGUAUAACGCCGCAGGGCGGCCUGUCGCAAAUAGAGACCUUUUUCAAAGAGCUGUUGCUUUGGAGAAUAAGAUAUUAGACAUUGGACAAGUGAGCUACAACUGGAUUCCAAGGGAGAAGAACCUAGAUGCGGACAUAGAAUGCAGAGAAGCUCUUGAUAGUACUUGUUAA